GGUGGGUCUUCAGAUCAAUUUUGCACAAACAAACUAGUUUUAGGAAAGGAAACAAGAAAUGGCUACAAGUGGAUCUGACGACAGCUGUAUUGCACCUGCUGAUUUUAAUUUAUCCUCGUUAAUUGAAGACAGUACUGAUGAGAGCGUUGCCAAAGAAUGCUGCCCACUGUGUUUAUCUCGCCAAAAGUCUUUCCAUUGUACAGUUUGUGUGAGAAAUGGGGACUUUGUUCUCUCAACCUCACCCAUAUCAGAAAGGUUUGCAGAGAAACAGCUGCGUCUAUUAGAAGUAAGGAAAAGACGUCAAUUCAUUGUUGACGAGUGUGAGAAAAGACUUUCCAAGAAGAAAGAAGUAGACACUGUUAAAAAUGAAAUCAAUGCGUGUAGAGACAGAAUUCAGCUUCUGCGCAGCCUUUUAUCUGCCUCUAAGGACAGCAUACGUGAAAGCCAAAGCCUUGAACAGAAAAUGAAAGAUGACAACCGCAGUCGUAGCCAGUCUGUUUUACCUAUAUGUGCUGAACGAGUGAAAAAAUUGGCAGAUAUGGUUGUUAACUCAAAAUCUAAUAUUAAGAGGAAAGAGACUGCUGUUAAUGAAUUACAAGAAAAGCUGAAAAAAGUUAUUCGUAAUAAUGUUCCUCAACUUGUACGUUUUAUAUUUCCUAUAACAGUUGUUGCCCCUACUCGCAGUAUGGAAGACUGUGAUGAUACGGUAUCAGCUCUAGCAGAUGCAACACGCACAACAUACAUUAGAGGGCGAUGGGUGUUCACUGACAGUACAGGAGAAUUGCAGCAUUGUAUUGUCGCUCCAACAUUACCUGGAUCUGGAAAUUAUUCUGCUUACAAUGACUGGGUGGCCUCAACUAAGGAUGGUGUUCCUGCUAGUGACACUGCAGAGCGUAACCCAGGUUACAACAUCAGUGCUGCUUUGACUUAUACAGCACAACUCAUUAAUGUGUUAUCAUUUUAUCUUGAUGUGCCACUCCCCUGCCAACUAAAAUACAGUGACUUUUGUGGGACAGAACUUAGUGAGCAGAAGUUUGCAAAGAGAGUGGCUCGACUCAAUUGGAAUGUGCUCCACCUCUGCUUUUCCCAGAAUGUUAGUCCUGAUAUAUUACAACCCAAUCACACUUUGUCCAAUAUUUUACAUCUGCUGAAUACUCAAGUCAGCGACCUGGGAAGGCAAGGGCCAUUGUACAUAGAUCCAAUGCUUGCAAUGUCUGUGGAAGAUCAGCUGCAAAGAGACCUUGCUCAGGCAAGUGAGGAUGUUGAUUCUUGUUCAGAAGAUGAAAGUGACGCCCUCAUUCAUAAGGAAUGGGAAAAUAUACCACUGUCAGCAGGUUGUCAAGAGAUUCCUCAAGGCUCUGCAAGCCUUCUCUCUCAACAGAUGAGUAGCCAACAAGGAACAAGUAUGGCAGGGGGUCUAGUUACAAGUAUUGCGUCCUACUGGCGAGGACUUACGGGCAACAGAUGACUCUCAAUACUCUUACUAUAUUCAAAUUAUUUUUGACAUUUGUGAAUAUGUAUUGUUAUGCAAUUUUUAACUUCUGGUCAAUCUAGCAUGAGCCACCAUGUUUUGUUUAUUUUUGUUUAAUGGUGCUCAAUGAAUCUAUGAAUGUGAUUUAAUUUCCUUCCAGAAAUUAUAAUGCAGUUUUUUUUAAAAUAAAUGUUAUUCUCUCUAUGA